GAGGCGCAGUCUCUCCCGUCAUCGCAGUCACCGCCACCGCCAGCAUCCUCUGAGGUGUGUCUGCGCCGCCGGAGCUGCAGACAGACAGAAAGGCCGGGCAGAAAACGACCCUUUCCUCCGUUUACACCGACUAUGGCGUCAAAAUGUCCAAAAUGCGACAAAACGGUGUAUUUCGCGGAGAAGGUGUCCUCUUUGGGGAAAGAUUGGCACAAGUUCUGUCUGAAAUGUGAGCGCUGCAGCAAAACUCUGAAUCCGGGAGGCCAUGCUGAGCAUGAUGGGAAGCCUUAUUGCCACAAGCCGUGCUACGCCACCCUCUUUGGACCAAAAGGUGUAAACAUCGGAGGAGCUGGAUCCUACGUGUACGACGCUCCUGUCAAUGAAGCCCCUGCAGCCGUUUCCUUGGAAACAAAUGCCAAACCAGAGGAGGAGAAAAAAGCCCCCGCACGGGGACCAGUGAAGGCGGCCAGCUUCUCGUCUUUCUCUGGAGGGCCCAACAUCUGCCCCAGAUGCAACAAGACGGUUUAUUUUGCUGAGAAGGUGUCAUCUCUCGGGAAGAACUGGCACCGGCCUUGUCUGCGCUGUGAGAGAUGCAGUAAGACUCUGGCACCGGGCAGCCAUGCAGAGCAUGAUGGACAGCCUUACUGCCACAAACCGUGCUAUGCUGUGCUGUUUGGGCCCAAAGGUGUGAACACCGGCGGCGUCGGCAGCUACAUCUACGACGAUCCUGAGGCUGAAGAGCAGUCUUGAGCCCCGAAGCGGCCUCCAGCACGCGGACAGAGAAACGCCUCCAGGACCCUCAGUAUCUCUAUGAUUUGCCUUUAGUGGUAAUUGUGACAAAUGAUAUGUACUGCACUCACAGGGAUGGAAACUUAGAUGUUUAUGUUGUAUUUGUAUAUUGUUUAUAUAUCUAUUUUUUGUACUGAAACAAGCCUUUAAUAUGUCCUCCCGUGUGAGUUUCAGAUUUGCCUUUGAGUUUCUUGGUUCUCUUUGCCAAAUAAUUAUUAGCCUGUUACUGUAGUGGAUGAAAACUGUGUUCUUCUCACUUUGGAUUAGUAGCUUUUCUGACUUUUGUGCACUUAUAACAUGUACUGUAUGAAAACAAAACAAACAAAAAAAAAAAAAAACAUACCAGCCCUCCAAUUUAUAGUCAGUGUUUUUUGAACAAGGUUUUUUUUGUUCUAAACUUGCAGAUGACAGUAUAGUGAAGAUACACAUUUUACAGAGGCGUGCAUUUUAAUGAUUGUCAUGAAGGUGAGUUUGGGGGUCGCUGCAAACAAGAAACAAUUUGCUGUUCUUCACAUUUUAUACAGUAAAAGUGUGUGAUAGUAAAACCUGA